CUCCAACCCGCCCGUACGUAAUCAGCGCCUCAGCGUGAGACCGCCAGACGGACGCCGUAAACACCGACGCGCCCUCACUACGUAGUCGGCAGUCGUUGUCGUCUCGCCGUUUCCGUCGUCGACAGAUUAACAUAUUUUGCACGCGUUCGUUGCCACCAUGGACAACAACCGUGAACGCGUCCCGCCGAACGACUUGCUCGCACAGUUGGAAAAUGACGUUGGCGUUGAAGACGAUGUCGACAUCGAAAACGAUGGCGACGACGACAGCGACAGCGACAGCAACAAUGAUGGCUUUGUACACUUUGUCCGCAUCCAUAACGAUGACGACGACGACGACGACAGCGACAGCGACGAUGAUAACGUUCCAGACUUUGACGACAGCGACACCGACAGCGACGAUGCUGGCUUUGUAGACUUUUCCUACGUCGGAAGCGAUGGCGUCGACGACGACAACGACAAUGAUGGCGGCGACGAAAACGUGGUCGGCAACGGCAACGACCACGCCGCCGAAAUCAGUGCUAUUAUUCCAUUUCCAAGUCAUAAACCUGUUAUACUUAUACCUCCUCCAAGUGCUGAAAGCCUCGCACAAUUAUCUAAGUUGACCAUUCCUAACUGUGAUAUGAAAAUUUAUGAAAAUCGUCUGAAGAGUUAUAAUAAAUGGCCAUCAAAAUGUAUGACACCUGAGAAAUUGGCCAAGGCUGGAUUUUAUUAUUCAGGUACAAAGGAUAAAGUGAGAUGUUUAUACUGCUCACUUGUUAUGAAAAACUGGGAAAAAGAUGAUGAUCCACAAUUUGAACAUGAAUAUCUAUCUCCACACUGUCAAUAUUUUAAAGAAAAACAAGAUUUUAAUUUGUAUCAUAAAUCGGAUAUUAUGACUGCUUAUAUUCAGAAUUUCUUAUGUUCCGUUGGUAUUGUGACAGAUACAAAUAUGAAAGUUCUCUCAAAUUAUAAAUCAUUGACCUCUUUUGAAUCUCGUAUGAAGACAUUUGAAACAUUCACAAAAAUCCUAAACCAUGAGGUUCGAACUUUUUGUAAAGCUGGAUUAUUCUAUAUAGGUGAAAGAGAUAGGAUGAUAUGUUUCUGCUGUAAUCAAGGUCUAAUGGAUUGGGAAGUUGAUGAUGAUCCUUGGGUUGAACAUGCACGUUGGUCACCACUUUGCAGUUACAUUCUUUUAAGUAAAGGCAAACGUUUUGUGGAAGAGGUUGGUGGUGAAGUAAAUUACAGUUUACGAAUUAACCUGGAGGAAUUGAAUAAGUUGUUUACCAUUCACACACAUCUUGCUGUUGACAGUUAUACAAUGAGAACUUUGGAAACAUCAUUGGAAAGUAAUAUGUUCCCAGACUUUGUGGAACCUUUGACAAUUAUACGUGUUAACCGACAGGAAUCAUCAAUACCUGAUUCAGUCGUAUGCAAAAUUUGCUUUAAAGAAAAAUUGGAAGUGCUUUUCUUGCCUUGUCGUCACGUUAUUGCAUGUAUUCAAUGUGCAGUAACACUUGAUUUAUGUGCUAUAUGCAGACAGCCAUUUACUCUAACUAUGAGAGUCGGCCUUUAUGUUACUAACCUAAAACAGUACAGUCAAGGUUAUCGUGGUUCAGAGAAUGUAAAUGAACUCGUUGAUCCAGUCCUUUGCAAGAUUUGUUGCAAAGAACAAAUGCAGGCUGUAUUUUUACCGUGUAGACAUAUAUCCACUUGUUAUAAAUGCGCCUCAAAAGUAAAAGAAUGUUUAGUUUGUUAUGUAAGUGUAUUUGCGUACAUGCAAAUAUUCAUUUAGCAUUAAUUAAAGAUGAACUGAUCUAAAACUAAAACUAAAACUAAAAUAUCAAAACAGUUAAACAUACAAAUAUGAAUUAUAUAUAUUUUUUUUUUAUGUUCAGUUUUAUAUUUGUUAAUCAUUUAAUAUGAAUUUAUAAAUAACUCUAUUCUAAGAAUCCAGUUAGAAUUAAGUUAAAAAUGCAUGAAUAUUGUCGUACUUGACUGAUUUUUUUAAUGUUGCAUUCAUAUUUGAUUAGAUUAAAAUAACAAACUAAACCAUAACUUUUUUUUUAUCACCCUUACUAUUGUAUAAAUAUACUAUCAUUGAUAAUAUAAUUUAAACUACCUAUAUUAUAAUUAAAAAACUUGCUUUAACACAUAGGAGAUGAAAGCGCUCGUUCUUUAUGUAAUAAUAUACUAAAAACAAUACCGUCUAAUUCUUUAUGUAUAAUAUAUUAAUAGCCGCGUUAACGCAGUGCUCAUCUCAAACGCAAAAACAAAAUAAAUAUAGUCUGUCUCCAAUGUGUUACCGUUAAUAGGAAUAUAUUUAUACCUUGGGUAAUAUCCAAUUUAUUUUAAAGUAUGUAUUAAGUUAAAAUUAUCUAUUGAACUGUUCACCAAAUAAUGUACACAAUGAUACUAUCAGUUAUCUUAUUUUUUUCUUAUAUUUUACCUUACUUAUCUUUAUUUUAAAUGCUAUUUUUUUUAUUAAUUCUCGAGAUUCCAUACAUAAGGACUAUUGUUCUAUCAAGUAUUAAUAAUUAAGUUCAUUAAUUGAUAUUGAUAUUUUAUUUUAAUACAUUUUUUUUUAUAUUUAAGUAUAAUUUAAGACUGUAAUAAUAUUGUAUUGCCAAUAUUAUUUAUUUUUAUUCCUAUUGAUAAGUUUUAUAUUACAUAUUAAUUUCAAGACAAAAUAAAUAAAUUUCUUAGAUAUAUAUUA